AUGGAAGAGGUUUUACCCAAUGCCGUGGUUCCACAGGGGACCAUGCCCCUGACCGGUGUUGGCGAGAGCGUGUCUCCGGUCAAGCUGGCUGGAUUUUCAACCAGGACGAACAAGUCACUGGGCGGCACACAGACCGCAGCCAUAAACCAGAGCCUGGACAACCAGCUGGAGGAGAUCUACACGGUCCUUGCGGAGGGCCAAGAGUCCGCAAAGUGUAAGGCACUGCUGGAUGGCUCCUAUCCCUUUACGUUUCAGUACAAGAAGCGCAAGUGCACUGGGGGUGCCAUCCACAUCGCCGCCUUGCAGACGGAUGGGGAGUUGCUUGAGGAGCUUCUGGCACUUAAGGCAGACAUCAACGUGGAGUGUCGCUAUAUGACCUUCGAGAAGGAGGGCCGCGCACAGCCCAUCCACCUGGCAGUGCAGGGCUGCUUGGAGAACGUCCAGCUGCUGAUCACGGCGGGGGCUGACGUAAAUGCACGGGUUCAAGUAGAUGGCCAAGAUCACUUCUGCCCUCUCCAUGAUGCUGUGUUCUUCCGGGACGUAGACAUGGUUCAAUACUUGCUGGAGAAGGGGGCUAGCGUGAAUGCGCUGAACUUGGACCGCAUGACGCCACUUCAUGUGGCGGCGAAGAUGGGAGCGUCUGAGGUGGCGGAGCUCUUGGUACGCAACGAGGCAGAUACGGAGCUCCGGGACGAGAACCAUCGAACUGCCCUGGAGGUUGCCGUGGAGAGCGGGGUCUUCCCACAGCGCCGGCUCUACCUACUGGCAAAGUUCCGCAUCGGUGACAUCAUGAUUGUGUCUGAGCACUGCCCCAGCGCGACAACUGAGUUCAUUCGGAACCUUCUUUGCGACUACGCAGGUGCGGAGUCUGCUGACCAGGUAGCGCACAAGACCAAUGUGGCUGACGAGUUGCAGACCGAGGAGAACCUGACGGUAGAGCACUGGAUAGCCCUUCUGGAUAACACCCCAGAUGCGGCAGACUACUUGCUGGAGAUCCUGACAGUUGAGCCAGAUGAGGACAGUGUGUACUACCACCCGCUGCCCAAUCAGGCCAUCCUGAACGAACUCCGGGCAGACUACAACACUGACGAUACGUGGAAAUGCGACACCGAGACCGGUGACCGGGCCAAGGCAUGGCCGGCUUGGCACGACCGCUUGGCGCCCGGCGCCCGAGCAGUCCGCAAGGGACGCCGAAUUUCCCACGCCAACUCGAACCGCAUCUCUGCGUUUGUGAAGCGGCAGGGGAACCAGCGCACCAACCAGCCGAAGGUUGUGGAUUCCCGCGAUCUGCAGCCUGUGCACAUGCGACAGCUGCGGUUGAGAGGUAUUGUGUGUUCAGAGGUGUUGCAGGCACUGAGCGAGACCAAAUAUGUGGAGAUUUUCAAGAACUCAGCCGUCACUGCCACUUUGACGUACUGUUGGGAUGCGUUUGUUUUGAAAUGGUACUUGCUUCAGCUUCUGCAUCGUUUCCUGGAACUGGUCGUGCUCUCGGCGUGGACUUAUUCCAAAUCUCAGGACUUCAACAACAACCAGGUCCCGUACUGGCAGCGGCGCCUUGCCUGGACCUUCAUGUUUGAAAGCGCCAUUCGCGAUACCUACAUCGAGGCUUUCCAGGCCUAUGGCUUCUGCAUCCGCUUGCAGAACCCAGGCUCCUACUUUGGGAAUGGUGGAAACUAUGUGGAUGUCCUGGUGAUCUCAAUUUUCAAUGUGGUCGUUGGACGGGCCUUGCAUACUGGCCUCUUCUACCUAGACGAGUGGGCCGAGCUUUUCGCCUUGCUUGUCUUUGUUCGCUGGUUUCAGAUGCUCUUCGCGCUGAGGGCCUUCAAGCUGGGCAUGAUCGGCGUGAAAGGAAUUAUCCCUAUACUCCACUCUGUCAAGAAGAUAGGGGGGAUGGGGAUCAUCUGCUUCUUCGUCUUCGCUGGCUUCUGGCAUGCCUUCAUGAUCCUGGACAACGGCAUGGAAGGUCCUUACAAGAUACUGAUCGGAACUGUCAAGCUGCUUUUCAUGGUAGACGGCGACGGUAUCGUGCAAGUCUUGAAGCUUGGUGGCCGGGGCGAUGCACUGGGCAACGGGGACUACAUCACGCUGGUAAGCCUGAUGGUUGCGGUGAUCAUCUUCUGUAUAAGCUUGCUGAACCUGUUCAUCGCUGUGCAUGGGCGUGCGUACUCUGAGGCGCACGUCCAUGCGGUCAACCUUUUCAUGCAAGAGCGGGCUGCCAUCUGCGUACACUGUAUGGUGCAGCCGCAGCUGCCAAUGUGCUGCGUUCAUUCAAAGCGCAAGGCGUGGCAGUCUGGCUACCUGUUCGUCGCCGUAUUGGCCUUUGGAUGUUGGGUGCUUUGCAUUGUUAUUGAGGAUGUUCCUGCCAUCAUUCCUGCGCUCCUGCUGUCCCUGGCAUUUUAUUUGUUCAAUGGUCUACUGCUGGAAAGGCCGUGGGCAAGCGAAGAGGUAUGCAGGCGAAGCUACCUCUGGUGGUGUGCACCGACAACCAAGCAGUAUGGUAUCUCUGCUGAAGCUGAGCAGGCGGAGAUGAUCGAAGACAUGGCCGAAAGGCUCGUGCGACUGGAGAAAUCCAUGGAGGAGUUGCGACAAACGGCCAGCGCCCUGCAGGCGCGGCCACAGACCCGUGGGGGUCGUCCAUCUGGAAACACCAGACUGGGCGGACGAUGGCGAUGA